AUGAGGAGAGCGGAGGGGAAGGAGACCUCUUCCUUACUGGAGAUGAGGAGAGUGGAGAGGAAGGAGACCUCCUCCAUGAGGUUGAGGACACCGGAAGUAUCGGACUUUCCUCUCUUCUACAUCCGGGUCACCACUAUCUCCAAAAUGGCGGCGGUCAGGCAGCUGUUUGCAGCGGCUCAGAGAUGCGUCUGUGUGCGGAGUUCUCCCUUCACCCGGAGGUCUCUGUCCUCCUCCGCCGCAGCCCUCCAACAAGCCCAGGACAGCCAGGGGGAGUCCAGCCGGACAGAGGGGGCCUUCCAUGUCACCAUGAUCCCGGGGGACGGAGUGGGUCCGGAGCUCAUGCACUCGGUGAAGGAAGUCUUUAAGGCGGCCGACGUUCCGGUGGAGUUUGAGGAGCAUCACCUGAGCGAGGUGCAGAACAUGGCGUCCGAAGAGAAGCUGGAGCAGGUGCUGACCUCCAUGAGAGCCAAUAGAGUCGCCAUCAAAGGAAAGAUCCACACCCCCAUGGAGUACAAAGGUGAACUGGCCUCCUACGAGAUGAGACUCAGGUAUGGUCUGCAUACUCCCCGGGUACACACCACACAGGGCUCAGGUUUGCAGAGCGUCAGCGGGGUCAUCACGUGUCUGAAGAUCAUCACCAGGAAGAAAUCUACCCGAAUCGCCAAGUUUGCCUUUGAUUACGCCACGAAGAAAGGGCGCUCCAAAGUGACCGCUGUGCACAAGGCCAACAUCAUGAAGCUGGGUGACGGACUGUUCCUGCAGUGCUGUAAGGAGGUGUCUGAACUGUAUCCCAAAAUCCAAUAUGAAACGAUGAUCAUCGAUAACUGCUGCAUGCAGCUGGUACAGAACCCAUAUCAGUUUGACGUUCUGGUAAUGCCGAAUCUGUACGGCAACAUCAUCGAUAACCUGGCGGCGGGUCUGGUGGGAGGAGCCGGCGUGGUGCCCGGUGAGAGUUACAGUGCGGAGUAUGCCGUGUUCGAGACGGGGGCCCGUCACCCCUUCGCCCAGGCUGUGGGCCGGAAUAUCGCCAACCCCACCGCCAUGCUGCUGACCGCGGCAAACAUGUUACGCCACCUGAACCUGGAAUAUCACUCCGUCCUGAUCACCGACGCCGUGAGGAAAGUCAUUAAACUGGGGAAG